UUUUGCAAUGCGUGCCGUCUUAGGGCGGAUAACCAAUUUUUAUUCUGUGUUAAAAACUGACUUCUAAUGCUUUGAAUCAUUAGUCCGGAAGUUUUCUGAGAAACUUCACUUUCGUGAAUCUCAUGGUCACAUUGCACAUUCUGCUGGAUUUCGCCUGGUGACACAUGAGCUCGCUCGCCUUGCUCAUGGGCGGUUCAGCCGCGGGAGGUAUGUAACAUGUCAUGUGCUCCUCCUACAGAUGCCCUAUUUAUAGUUCUGUUUAAUUUUAAGCUGCAGUGUUGCCCACGGCUUGCCUAUCAUUUAAUAACUGCCUCCCCCGCACACUGGAGUAAUUUGUUUUGUGGUGCAGUGGGCAGCGACACCAUGAAGCCGAUUCCGGCUAUCUCCGCACUUCUACUUCAUGGCCGCUCGCUUACUGACAUACCCGGCAGACGCCUUUGUCCUAAGCGACGUAUAAGUGAAGCAAAUGGCACGUUGCAAACAUGUGCUGUCAAGGAGUUGACUAGGCGUAAAUGCAGCUAGGCUGAGCUUCCAGUGAAUGUCCAGGUACGAGGGUAAGCAGGACUGGAGCAGGAGCUACGCAACAACUUCUAACAAAGCAAGAACCUAAUAAAGGACCAGAAGUGCAACAAAAGAACAUUCAGAGAGCCUAAAGAGGCAUAAAUGAAGAAGCCAGCAUUCGGGACGAAGGGCAGAAAACGGAGUUAGAAGUGAUGGAUGUGAGCCAGCUGACUGACGUGGAGCUGAAGGCCAGGCUGCUCCAGUACGGUGUUAAUGUUGGGCCUAUCGUCGCUUCCACCAGAACUCUGUAUGAGAAAAAGCUGCGGAUAUUACUGAAGCCUGUCUCACAGCCCCCACUCAAUGGUGCUGGAUAUGCAGCCCAGUACUCUGAUGUCGAGGAUGAGGAUGAGGAUGAUGAUGAUGAUGAUGAAGAACGUGAUUAUGGCUCAGUACACGCAGGGGGCCACCUGGAGGCUGACGAGGAGCAGGACCAAGAGGGACACAACCAGGUGGGGCUGCGCUUUCAGGGUGAUGCCAGAUACUAUCCCCAGUGUUUUUUGCCCUCUUCUGGAAUGGGGGAUCCCAUCAGCCUGACACGCCGCGGUGCAGCGAGGGGCCGGGCCCAGACGUCCAGACCCCAGAGAGAGCCGAGUGCAUCAGGGAUGAGCCCCCGGCAAGCAUCUGUAGAUGAGCUCAGGUCCCCCCAUUGCACCUUCCAGUCCUUCAGCAUCACUCAACUGGUCGAAGAGCUGGAAAGCAGGAGCCCUGACAUCAGCAAAGUAGCGACAGGCACCAAGGUUGGUGUGAACAGUGAAAUGCCACUGGGGCCCAGCAGCCAAAUGGACCUGAUGAAGGACAAAAACGCCACAAGAAAAUCGCCAGCCUUCAGUCCCAAACCAUCUGUGUUCAGACCUCAGUUCAAGGAGCCUGUGAGUGAUAUUCUGAUGGAGAUGUUUCCCGGGACAGAACCGACUCCCACUGGAAUAAGUGCCACCUGCCGCAGGCCCAUAAAAGGGGCGGCAGGGAGGCCCGUGCAGUUCAAGUACCCUGACACCCCGUCCAGCCCCGGUACUAAGGAGAGGCGGGAGCUUCAGCGCCAUCUGGUGCCGACAUGGAUCCAGAUGCUGGUCUUUCUGUUGGUGGCCUUCCUCUUCUACCUCAUUUUCAGUGCGAUGCAGGGUGUCCCGGACAGUCCCUCCGCUGUGCUGCUUCACCGUUCUGGCCAUGAGGGAGAGUUGCUAGGGGAUCUGUCAUCCUUUGCCACCUCAGAGGAUCCUCCCUUGGUCUCUGGGGAGGAGUAACUUCUGCUACCUCGUUCUGGCUCUUUCUAUUGGUUUCCGUAGCAACAAAGGGAAAAUUUUGCCAGAUACACAAACACUGGCUGUCUUUUAUAAAGCUUAAUCUCCAUGUAAAAGAAAGGGGGAUCCUUGAAUUGGAUUUAUUUGUAUAUUUUUUUUUUUUGAAUGGAAAUGAGUAAAUACUGAAUUUAAGAAUAGUUUGUUUUAUAUGAUGUCUGUGUGUUUUCACUAUGAGCCAGAAGUGGUUAUAAUAUGGAAAUAGUAGAAGCCAAACUGCUGUCCAUUUACAGUCAUGUUUGCAGUCCUGUCUAGGCAGGUAAGAGGAAGCUCAAGACGGAUGGUUUAUCAGAACGGCAACCACAGCCUGGAGAAAGUGAUCUUAUACAUUUUAGUCUAAGGACCUUCACCACUCAUCAUUAAAGGAUUUAACUUGU